ACGAGUUAGAAGUGAGGUGGGGGGAGAGGUGGUGGAAGGGCUCAUGUUUUAUAAGAGUGAAGAUCAAAACUUGAAUGAUCAGAGAGACAGAAACUUUCAGUAAAGCUACGAACGUACACAUUACGCCUGCUGCGUGAGCGAGACCGAUUCUGAUAACUUCUCAACCAAGCAACAAGAUUAUUUUCUGAGCGAUUCAGAUUGUAAACAUUUGUUGCUGAGAGAUACUACACUCAGUCACCGACUGACUGAAGAUGAGAUCCAGCCUGGGGUUAGCCUGUCUUCUCUGCUUCAUCACAUGGAUGAGCGUGGUCCAUGCAACCCAUGGACCUAUGUCAAGUUGUCUGUGUGUCAGGUUGUCCAACACCAAAGUCACAGUUAAAAAAAUUGUGAAUUACACCAUCCAGUCUGAUGGCAUCUGUCCCAUGAAAGCUGUAGUGUUUCAGACGCAGUCUGGAAAGAGACUUUGCUCCGACCCUAACAACAACUGGGCAAAAAGAGCCAUGAAGAAGGUGGACGAGGAGACAAAAGUGCAGCUAAAGGUGGAACAGAAUGACGAGGGAUCAGCAAGUGGCAUCACAAUGGCAACGUCCACUACACCAAAAAUGCACCAUGGGAGUACGGCAGGACAGGAAAGAGGCAGCGGAGGAGAAAAUCCAGGGCAGUGAAGAAGUGGCAGAGAGGUCAAAGUUACCACUGCUCUUCCAACUGGAUUUAUUCUGCUGUGUCACAUUAACUGUAAACAAACCUGAAACAAAAACAGACUUUUAUAUAUUAUUAUUUAAUGAUUUUUAUUUGCAGUAUAUAUUUAAAUAUAUCUUCACCAUACAUUGUUGUAUAUAUAUGUGUGUGUAUAUUUGUACUUUUCUGUUGCCAAUAAAGUCUCUCUGAGAAAAUUA